AUGACAAGCACUAUAAUUGAAGUGUCUAGAACAAAUGAAGCAAACCCUUUUUCUUACCGUAUCAAAACCUUGGAAAUCAUAUGGACUCAUUUGGGUUAUCAACAUGUGUGGCCAGAAAUGGAAUUUGGGUGGAGAAUUGUUGUCGGGACCCUGAUUGGAAUCUUGGGAGCAGCAUUUGGAAGUGUCGGGGGAGUAGGGGGUGGUGGCAUCUUUGUGCCAAUGACAAUCCUGAUUCUUGGGUUUGAUCCAAAAUCAGCAGUUUCCAUCUCAAAGUGUAUGGUCACAGGUGCAGCCAUCUCAGCUUUGUUCUUAUGCUUGAAGCAAAAACACCCCACACUUGAUCAACCUGUUAUUGACUACGAUUUGAUGCCGCUUAUCCAACCCACGCUAAUGCUUGGAAUCAGCAUAGGAGUGAUUUUAAGCGUAAUAUUUGCUGAUUGGAUGGUCACUGUUCUGCUAAUUAUUCUUUGUUUAGUGACAUCAAUCAGGGCAUUCUUCAACGGUUCUGAGACAUGGAAAAAGGAAACCAAAAUGAAAGAGACUAUCAAGCUUUCAGAGUCUACUGCUACUUCCAGUGAGGAAGAGGGAUACCAGUAUCUUCCAGGUUGUGCAGAAGAAGGGGCUGCAAAGGAUGAUACUAGAAAAGCUGAGGUGACCUUCAUUGCCAACAUUUAUUGGAAGGAGUUUGUACUUCUUUUCUUUGUGUGGCUCGCAUUCGUUGUCUUACAGAUUGCCAAAAAUUAUGCAGUUACCUGUUCAGUCACAUACUGGAUACUUCUUUUGUCACAGAUACCAAUUACUGUAGGAUUUUUUUUGUAUCAAGCAAGAGUCCUGUACCAGGGGAAAUCUGCAAGUGGUCAACACAAACCUUGGCCACUGCACCAUCUAUUUCUAGCUAGCAUUUGUUCUCUGCUGGCUGGAAUUGUUGGUGGACUUCUUGGUACAGGUUCUGGAUUUGUCAUGGGUCCUUUAUUUCUAGAAGUGGGAAUUGUUCCACAGGUAGCAAGUGCCACAGCCACUUUUGGAAUGAUGUACUCAGCAUCUUUAUCUGUUGUACAAUAUUACCUCUUGAACCGUUUUCCAGUUCCUUAUGCGCUCUUCCUCACCCUUGUGGCUGCCAUUGCAGCAUUCCUUGGACAGCAUCUCAUUGACAAUAUUGUUAAUAUCUUCAGAAGGGCUUCUUUAAUUAUUUUUGUCUUGGCCUUCACAAUAUUUGUUAGUGCGAUUGCAUUGGGUGGAGUUGGAAUAUCAAACAUGAUCUUGAAGAUUCAGAACAAUGAAUACAUGGGAUUUGAGAAUUUUUGCGCCAAUAAUAACUAG